AUGCGUCGUCAUACAUCAUUAGAUCCGGAGUCGGAGAUAGGGAUAAAUCAACUAGUUAAUUCAUUUUUGGGGCAGUCUGCUGGAGAUAUCAGACGUAAACUUCAGAAAAUUCGGGGACCAGAUGGGAGGAAUCUCGAAGCCUUGUUAGAGGAAGCCUGGAGAGUAUUUAGUAACCGGGAGGAAGGAUAUAAACAGGGAAUGAAAAGGUUGGUGGCAGUGGUACAGGAGGAAAGGCAGAGGAAAUACAACCAGAGACCGCCGAGACAGGGACCACCUCGGCUGGACAGGAACCAGUGUGCAAUCUGCAAAAGAAUUGGUCACUGGAAAGACCAAUGCCCAGAACGAAGAAGGAGUAACCAGCAGAUGGCUGCACGCGUACAAGACAACUGAGGAGGACCGGGGGAUUCUACCCCAGCGGAUCCACUGGUUAUAACAAUGAGGCUGGGGGAAGAAGGGAGAAGGGUGGAAUUUUUGGUUGACACGGGGGCUACAUAUUCAGUUCUAAAUAAGGCUUUAGUACCUGUGGAAAAUGAUUAUGUUGUAGUGCAGGGGGCAACUGGCCAGUCUGAAAGAGCGUAUUUUUGUAAACCUUUGAGGUAUAAAUUGGGAAAACAAUGGGGUAUUCAUAAAUUCUUGUACAUGCCUAACUCACCAAGAGCACUCUUAGGGAGAGAUUUAUUGGAACAGUUACAAGCAACCAUUACAUUCAAAAAGGGGGAAAUUACUCUGGAGGUAAAUGAUCAAAAAUACAUAGAGUUAUUAAGUUUAACUCUGACAGCUAUUGGCAUUAAGGAAGAAAUUGAUGAAGAAAUACUGAGUCAGGUAUUUCCUGGGGUGUGGGCCUCUGAUGUGCCAGGGAGGGCGAAAAAUGCCUCUCCCAUAAUAAUCAAACUCAAGGAGGGGGCGCAACCAGUGAGAAUCAAGCAGUACCCCCUAAAGAAAGAGGAUAGGGAAGGAAUCAGCCCAAUAAUUGAAAAUUUUCUGCGGUUAGGAUUACUGAAAGAAUGCCAAUCUGAUUUCAAUAUCCCCAUCUUACCUGUUCGGAAACCUGAUGGGUCAUACCGGAUAGUACAGGAUUUGAGGGCUGUCAAUAAAAUAACAGAAGAUCUGUAUCCGGUGGUAGCCAAUCCAUACACUUUAUUAACUUGCCUAACACCUGAGCUAACCUGGUUUACUGUUUUAGAUCUAAAGGAUGCCUUCUUUUGCCUCCCCAUCCAUGAAGCCAGCCAAAAAAUUUUUGCAUUUGAAUGGGAAAGCCCUAAGAGUGGGCGCAAAACUCAGCUCACAUGGACCAGACUACCCCAAGGCUGGAAAAAUUCCCCUACUUUGUUCGGGGAGCAACUUGCAAAGGAUCUGGAGUCCUGGGAAGCUCCACAGGAAGAAGGAAGGCUUUUGCAGUAUGUGGACAACCUUCUAGUGGCCACUCAGACGAGGGAAGCAUGUGUGGCCUGGACGGUAAGCCUUUUGAAUUUCCUAGGACUCCAAGGAUACAGAGUAUCGAAGAAAAAGGCGCAGAUAGUAAAACAGAAAGUUAUCUACCUGGGGUACGAGGUGAGUGCUGGGCAACGGACUUUAUGGCAGGCUCACAAGGAAGCCAUAUGCCAGACCCCAAAACCCCAGACCAUAAAAGAGCUCCGAACCUUCUUAGGCAUGGCAGGAUGGUGCCGGCUGUGGGUCUAUAAUUAUGGACUGCUUGUCAGACCCCUCUAUGCUCUGAUUGCCGAUGGAAGCAGAGAUCUCCAGUGGACAAAAGAAGCAACGCGGGCCUUUCACCAGCUGAAGAAUGCUCUCAUGUCAGCUCCAGCUUUGGGACUUCCAGAUGUGAGUAAACCAUUCUUCCUAUUUUCCCAUGAGAAACAGGGAAUUGCCCUGGGAAUACUGGCUCAGGACUUGGGUCCAUACCGAAGGGCAGUUGCCUACCUCUCUAAACAACUAGAUGCAACAGCCAAAGGAUGGCCAGGUUGCCUCAGAGCUGUAGCAGCAGUUGUGCUGAACAUUCAAGAGGCAUGCAAGUUUACCCUGGGACAAAAAUUGACUGUGCUAGUGUCCCACACUGUAUCUGCAGUACUGGAAGCAAAGGGUGGCCACUGGCUUUCGCCACAGAGAUUUCUGAAAUACCAGGCCAUCAUGGUAGAGCAAGAUGAUGUAGAGAUCGUGGUGACUAAUAUUGUCAACCCAGCUUCCUUUCUCAGUGGAAACCAAGGAGAAGCAGUACACCAUGAUUGCCUGGAGACCAUCGAAGCGACCUACUCCAGCCGCCCAGACUUAAAGGACACCCCUCUGGAAGAUGCAGAGACCUGGUUCACUGACGGGAGCAGCUAUGUUACCAAUGGGAAGCGACAUGCUGGGUAUGCAGUGACCACCUACAGAGAGGUAAUCGAGUCUGGACCCUUACCAACAGGUACCUCCGCGCAGAAGGCUGAGAUAAUUGCCCUGACCCGUGCCUUGGAAAGGGCAAAAGGGAGGAGGAUAAGCAUCUACACAGACUCGAGGUACGCAUUCGGAGUUGUACAUGCACAUGGGGCCAUCUGGAAGGAGAGAGGACUGCUUACCUCACAGGGAAAAAACAUCAAACAUGCACAAGAGAUAAUCCAGCUGCUGGAAGCAGUUCAGCUGCCUGAAAAGGUAGCAAUUAUGCAUAUUAAGGCACACCAAAAAGUGAGCUCAGAAUUGGAAGAAGGAAAUGAGCUGGCGGAUAGAGAGGCAAAAGAAGCAGCAAAAGGACCGCGCUGGCGUGUAGACCUCAGCAACAGCCAGGAGGAGGCGGAGCUGACGCGAGCGGACCAGCUGAAACAGUCUGAAGCCAUCUGCAGCGCCUCCGGCAUCGGCAGUAGGGUUUCUGCUCCGCCCCCUUCCAGGAGCAGGUACGCGGGCGCUGAAGGGUGGCUGCGGGAGUAUGCGGAUUUGAUUUUUGAGAGCUAUAAGCGCGGUGGUGUUGUGCGCAGAGGAGCGCCGCGGGGGGUGCUUGGGCCUCCCCGGGGCGUUUUUGCUGCCUUCCGCGAGGCGAGGGCUGAUGGGGAUAUUCAGUGGUGA